AAUUCAUUAUGGAAAAGGCUUCGAUGAAUUCCACGAGAACAAAGAUAAAAGGGUAUCAAAAAGUAGAGAACGGAAGAGACAAAACCCGGAUUCUCAGAAGUAGGGGUCCUUUUCCCACUUUAUAGGUGCAAAUUAUAGAUACUUGAAAAGCUAAUGGGUCCUUUUAUAGGGGUUUCUUUGCAAAUUCCGCAAUAGCUGAAACGAAUCGCCGUUACAAAAAGAAGCCUUUCUAGAAAAGUCACGUGAGAUACGUGCCGUUUCUCUUACAUGCACUAAUCUGCAACUUCUUUUCGUACACUCUCUUCCCCACAAAUGGCCAUGGCGUUCAAGCUUCUCUAAAAUCUCCAUUUCUUCGAAGCUCUCUCUUCGUCUCAAAUGGGUUUUACGCUUAAGCUUCACUGAAAAAACCCACUCUAUCUGUAAUUUUUGUUAUGGCUCUUAAGCUUCCAUGUCUGUGCCUCUUCUUGUUUACCUCUCUCUGUAUUUUGCUCUCCAACGUUGUUGCGGAGCAAGAUGAGCAAAACCCAGAUAGAGAAAGUCUCCUUUCUUUCAAAGCCGCGCUUGAAAACCCGCACAUACUCUCUUCAUGGAACCAGUCGACUCGUCAUUGCAACUGGGUCGGGGUCUCUUGCCAACUCGGACGAGUCACGGAACUUGCUCUUCCAAAUCAGCUUCUGAAAGGUCCUCUCUCGCCCUCGCUCUUCGGUAUCUCCACACUCAUCGUCCUUGAUCUCUCGUCAAACCUCUUUAGCGGCGAAAUUGCUCCUCAAAUUGCCAACCUAAAGAGGUUGAGAUCAUUUUCUCUUGAUGAUAACCAGCUCUCUGGGGUGAUUCCGGGUGAACUCGGUGAGUUGAACCGUCUCAAGACCCUAGAACUCGGUUCCAAUCUUUUCACCGGAGAAAUUCCUCCUGAACUCGGGAAUUUAACCAACCUCAUCACACUUGACCUAUCCGGCAACUCGCUCACCGGGAACCUUCCGACCCAACUCAGCGGGUUGACCCAGAUGCUGUACUUGGACUUGAGUGACAACCUUCUCUCAGGUUCUCUUCCUGAAACACUCUUCACCAAUCUACAAUCUCUAUCAUCUUUGGACAUCUCGAACAACAGCUUCUCUGGUGCAAUUCCACCCCAAAUAGGCAACCUCAAGAACCUAACUGAUCUUUAUAUUGGCAUCAAUGGUUUCUCCGGUCCGUUACCUCCUGAAAUUGGAGGCCUUUUGCGACUUCAGAACUUCUUCUCUCCUUCUUGUUCCAUAACUGGCCCCUUACCUGUGCAACUCUCGGACUUGCAAUCACUGAACAAACUAGACCUCUCGUAUAACCCGUUGAAGUGUUCGAUCCCGAAAUCCAUAGGGAAAUUGCGGAAUUUGAGUAUUUUGAACCUUGUUUAUGCCGAGCUUAAUGGGUCGAUUCCAGUUGAGCUUGGAAACUGCAAGAAUUUGAAAACUUUGAUGCUUUCAUUCAACUCGCUCUCUGGACCGUUGCCUGAGGAGCUUUCCAGGCUGCCAAUGCUGACGUUUUCAGCUGAGAAGAACCAGCUCUCGGGGCCAUUGCCGACCUGGAUUGGGAGGUGGAGUCAUGUUCAGUCAAUUUUUCUCUCAAGUAACCGAUUCUCAGGGAGUAUUCCAGUGGAGAUUGGGAAUUGUAGCAUGUUGGAUCAUAUAAGUUUGAGCAAUAACUUGUUGAGGGGCGUGAUACCCAGAGAGUUGUGCAAUGCGGUGUCACUUACUGAGAUUGAUCUUGAUGGUAAUUUCCUGUCGGGGACGAUUGAGGAUGUGUUCAUCAAGUGCACGAAUUUGACUCAGCUGACUUUGGUUAAUAAUCAGAUAAAUGGUUCCUUGCCGGGGUAUCUUGCAGAGCUUCCAUUGAUGGUGCUUGACAUUGAUUCAAACAAUUUUACAGGUAUCAUACCAAUGAGUCUCUGGAAUUCGGUAACUUUGAUGGAGUUCUCUGCCGCAAAUAAUAUCUUGGAAGGUACUCUUCCUGCGGAGAUUGGCAAUGCAAUAGCUCUGGAGAGGCUAGUUCUUAGUAACAAUUACUUGAAGGGGUCUAUACCUAAGGAAAUUGGCAAUCUGACCAACCUUUGUGUGUUUAACUUGAACUCUAAUCAGCUUGAAGGGAGCAUACCAGAUGAGCUUGGAGAUUGUAUUUCUCUUACCACUUUGGACCUUGGCAACAACUUUCUUAUUGGCUCCAUUCCUAAGCAACUCGCCGACCUAGCUGAACUACAAUGCUUGGUCCUCUCUUACAAUAGUUUGUCAGGGUCAAUACCAUGGAAGGCAUCAGCCUAUUUUCAUCAGGCUAACAUGCCUGAUUUGACAUUUGUGCAGCACCAUGGAGUGUAUGAUCUGUCACAUAAUAAUUUGUCUGGUUCGAUACCUGAAGAAUUGGGGAACUGUGUUGUCAUUGUGGAUCUUCUUCUUAGCAACAAUAUGCUUUCUGGUGAGAUUCCGGGAUCACUUUCUCGCUUGACCAAUCUCACAACUCUGGAUUUGUCUGGAAAUGUUUUGACUGGUUCAAUUCCACCUGCAUUUGGUUACUCUCAAAAGCUUCAGGGCUUGUAUUUAGGAAAUAAUCAGCUUACAGGGACCAUCCCUGCAAGCUUAGGACGUUUGGGUAGUUUAGUUAAGCUGAAUUUGACUGGAAAUAAGCUAUCUGGUUCAGUUCCCAUUAGUUUUGGCUAUCUGAGACAGCUUACCCACUUGGAUGUGAGCAACAACAAGCUCAAUGGUGUGCUUCCUUCCACUUUGACGCAUGUGCUUAAUCUUGUGGGACUUUAUGUUCAGCAAAACAGGUUUUCUGGUUCAAUCGAUGAGUUUUUGUUGAAUUCCUUAGCAUGGAAGAUUGAAACUAUGAACUUGAGCAAUAACUUCUUUGCGGGGGAUCUGCCGCGAUCAUUGGGCAAUCUUUCCUAUGUGACAUAUUUGGAUCUUCAUGACAAUAGGUUCACAGGAGAGAUCCCUCCGGACCUUGGUAAUUUGAUGGAACUUCAAUACUUUGACGUAUCCGGAAACAUGCUAUCUGGCCUGAUUCCGGAGAAACUAUGCAGUCUGAUUAAUCUUCUUUACAUUAAUUUGGCUGGAAAUAGAUUGGAAGGGCCUGUACCCAGAAGUGGCGUUUGCUCAAACAUGUCUACAAUUUUUCUUGCUGGCAACAAAGAUCUCUGUGGUGGAGUUGUGGGUGUAGAUUGCAAGAUUAAAAGAUUUGCAAAGUCGGCCUUAUUAAAAGCUUGGGGUUUUAGCGGGAUUGCAGUUGGGAUCUUGAUUGUGUUUCUUGUUGUGGGCUUUGCUAUUUGGAGAUGUAUCACUCGAGGGAGUAGUGGAGGAGAUCCUGAGGCUAUUGAGGAAAGCAAAUUGAACAAUUUUGUGGAUCAGAAUAUGUAUUUCUUAAGUAGCAGCAGGUCAAAGGAGCCUUUAAGCAUUAAUAUAGCUAUGUUUGAGCAGCCACUUUUGAAACUGUCCUUGGAAGAUAUUCUUGAAGCCACCAAUAACUUCUGCAAGACGAACAUAAUUGGAGAUGGAGGUUUCGGAACGGUUUAUAGAGCUACUUUACCUGAUGGAAGGACAGUUGCAGUCAAGAAACUUAGUGAAGCAAAGACACAAGGUAACCGAGAAUUCAUUGCUGAAAUGGAAACUUUGGGCAAGGUAAAGCACCAAAACCUUGUUCCAUUGCUUGGCUACUGCUCCUUUGGUGUGGAAAAGCUCCUUGUUUAUGAGUACAUGAUAAAUGGGAGCUUAGAUCUUUGGCUGAGGAGUCGGACGGGCGCCCUUGAUGUUCUGAACUGGCCCAAACGCUUCAAAAUUGCUACUGGUGCUGCUAGAGGACUAGCAUUCCUUCAUCAUGGGUUCAUCCCCCACAUUAUCCACAGGGAUAUUAAAGCCAGCAAUAUCUUACUCAACGAAGACUUUGAGCCAAAAGUUGCAGAUUUUGGGCUUGCAAGAUUGAUUAGUGCUUGUGAGACUCAUGUUAGCACUGUCAUCGCUGGAACAUUUGGCUACAUUCCACCUGAAUAUGGGCAGAGCGGGAGGUCAACUACAAGAGGAGAUGUGUAUAGUUUUGGUGUAAUCCUGCUUCAAUUGGUAACAGGGAAAGAGCCAACAGGACCUGAUUUUAAAGAGGUUGAAGGGGGCAAUUUGGUUGGUUGGGUGUUUCAGAAGAUCAAGAAGAGGCAGGCUGCUGAUGUUCUUGAUCCGACUGUUCUCAACGCGGAUUCGAAGCAGAUGAUGCUUCAAGUGCUGCAGGUUGCUGCUGUAUGCUUGUCUGAUAAUCCAGCUAAUAGGCCUACCAUGCUUCAAGUGUUGAAGUUCUUGAAGAAGAUCAACGAUGACUAGAUCUGGUUUACAAGUAGGUUAUUGUCAAACUAAACCUUGUAAAUUGUCUAGAAGAAGGGAGUAUGAAAAAGUUUACCAUUCCAGGGUAAAGGAAGGAAUCGGAGUUCACGUAAUGUGUCAUUUUAUAUAUGGA